AGAUUAUACGCAACCGUUUUGACUUUUGUCCGAAAUUUCUUCCGAAGCAGAGCCGUUUCGUUUGCUCCUCCUCGCCAGAUCGAGCGGCAUGGCGAAGAUUGACGAACCGGACGGCGCCGCCGAGGGCGGCGGGAGCGGCGGCCCCCGCCACCGCCCCGCCGGGCGGCGGGCGGCGGGCUUCGACGGGAAGCGCGUUCUGGUGGGCGCGGGCGCGAGGGUCUUGUUCUACCCGACGCUCCUGUACAACGUGGUGCGGAACAAGCUCCAGCCCGAGUUCCGGUGGUGGGAUGAAGUCGACGAGUUUCUUUUGUUAGGCGCAGUUCCAUUCCGCAAGGAUGUUCGGCGGUUGAAGCGGCUUGGUGUUGACGGUGUCAUCACUCUCAAUGAACCUUACGAAACCUUGGUCCCGUCGUCACUUUAUCGUGAUUAUAAAAUUGAUCACUUGGUGAUACCUACAAGAGACUAUCUUUAUUCUCCUUCUCUUGCUGAUAUUGACCGGGCAGUGGACUUUAUUUAUAGAAACGCAUCCUGUGGCCAAAAAACUUAUGUCCACUGCAAAGCUGGGAGAGGAAGGAGCACAACAGUUGUGCUUUGCUAUUUGGUGAAGCAUAAGCACAUGACUCCUAGUGCUGCCCUGGAAUUUGUGCGUUCUAAAAGGCCAAGAGUGCUGCUAACUUCCUCUCAGUGGAAGGCAGUUCAAGAUUACAGCAAGCGAGGGCCAGCCACUGCAGUCUGCUGUUCCCCUGGAGAUGCAGUUACCACUACAGAUGCCAAUAUAGAAGGGGGUUGUGGGAUUUCUGAUGGUCAUUUUGGCAGGCAGUACGCGGAUGCUGCUACAGAAAGAAUUGGUAGCCCUGAGAAAAUGAAGCUGUCAUGCCUUUGUGCUUCCUUGAGGGUUUGUGGUGGCUGUGGUCCAGUCGUCAGGAAGACACUGGUCCCUGAGGCGCGUGCUGGCUAAUUGCCAACCUGUGCCCAUCAUGGUCCUGCGUUGCUUGUAGAGGGGUAAACUGUAAAAUAAGCGAUCUUGUCUAGUCCCCUUGUAUCUGAUAUCUUUCACGUUGAUUGAAAUCACAGGUGACAGCCUAAUGAGUUGCAUCUCUGUUUGUGAAUAAAAAAAUGUAUCCUUUUCCACAA